AUGGUGCAUCUGUCUGCCGGAUUAUACACUACGACCUCGUCAGUCUGCGUCCGCCGCGAGGGCCGGGAUCGGGCCGAUCUUGAUAUGUGGGGCAUGCCUGCGUCUUCAUCACUCACCUUCUGCUUCCGUCUCUGGCAUUCGGUGCACGACUUUUGGACUCUCAUCCGCCGCUUCGACGUUGGCUUCGACGACUCGGCGGCCAUGAUGUCCAAAGAUGCUCCCCGACGUGGAAAGAUGCGGGUUUCAACGUUUGCAUGGUGGCCGCCUCUUUAA